AUCUAAUAAUGGUCGAGCCAGUAAUAGUUUUUAAUAUUAAGCAAAAUUGGUUGUUAAAUAACCCAUUUAAGAAAUAAAAGAAGGUUUGAACAAGUCAAUCUCACCAAGACAAAAAAUAACUCGGUUUCUCAGUCAAAGUUCAACUCUCUCCACUCUUUUCCACAUGCUUUUUUCUCCUCUUAAAUCAAUUCCAAAAACCCUUUCUUUAAAUUCAAAUCCCUCACUUUCUCUUACUUACUUACUUCAUCACCUUCACCACCAUAUAUAUACAUACAUACACAUAGCCCCUAUCUUAUCAACAUAAGAAAGUAGCAUCAUUGUUAAUUCAAGAAAGAAAAGAAAAGAAAUCGAAAUGGAUAGCGCUUUACCUUGGGAUUACAAGAUGCUAAUCGAAGAACUUACACAAGGGAUGGAGAAUGCUACGCAGCUCCGUCUUCGUUUGUGCGCAACAUCCCCUUCUAAAGAUCACGACUUUCUCGUGCAGACGAUUUUAUCGACUUUCGAGAAGGCUUUGCUGGCGCUGAGGUGGCGCGAAUCUAUUGGACAACCCCAGGUGGGCCCACCGACACCAACCGCACCCGAUUCCUCCUCCGUAUCUGUGGACACAAGUCCCAAAAGUGAGGAUACGAAAAGGAAUUUCGGAGAUAAUAAAUCUAAGAAGAGAAAAUUGCAGCCCACGUGGACAGAGAAAGUGAGGGUUGACUACGAAAACGGGCUCGAUGGACCUAAAGAAGAUGGCCAUAAUUGGAGGAAAUACGGUCAGAAAGACAUUUUGGGACAUAAAUAUCCGAGGUUUGUUCGUUUUUUUCUCUUUCACUACAUCUACACACACUCAGACACACACAUAGAAGAUAUAAUAACAGUGUAUCUAUUCUAUUCUUGCAGAAGCUACUACCGAUGCACAUAUCGAACGGCUAGAAAUUGCUGGGCGACAAAGCAAGUGCAAAGAUCGGACAAGGACCCCACUUUAUUCGAGAUAGUAUACAAAGGAGUUCAUGCGUGUAAUGCAUCUCACUGUCAUCAUCAAACAGAGCAAAAGAAUAAUCCGACACUUUCGGAAUUUAAAGCUAACCUGAGAGUCGAAACGGAGGACUUGGGUGGUAUCGAGGAGGUGGCAGCAGCGCCCCACUUCUCGUUUCCAUCGGCAUUUUACGAUAACGACCUCGGCGAAUAUGAAUAUUCUCCGUUGUUCUAUUCUCCAGCCACGUCAGCAUCUAAUUACUUCUCGUCCCAUGCAUCGACAACGAAUUCUCCGAUCGGAGGAACGGAAUUCUCGAUUGUUCCGCAAGAUUUGGAUCAGAAUUUCCCAUUCAGCAGCCUCGGGUUUUUCGUAUGAUUGAACAUCAAAGUUCGUUAGAAGUGGUUUUUGCGACCACGGUUGAUCAUUAGAAACUUUAAAUGUAGGGAGAGACAUUCAUUGUAGAAAUA